AUGGGCCUCUUCUCGAAGAAGGUGCAGCGCUUCGGCGGGAACCCGGAGUCGCUGCCCGUGAAGCGCGAGACGAAGACCUACCUGCUGUCGGACUUUGAGAUCUUCGAGACUCUGGGCACGGGCACCUUCGGCCGCGUGCGCCUCGUGCGGAGCAUCGCCGAGAACCAGCACUACGCUUUGAAGAUCAUCAAGAAGACCUACGUGCUCCAGAUGUCGCAGCUGGACCACAUCAAGUCCGAGGUCAAGCUCCUGCGGCUGUUGCGGCACCCGUUCAUCGUCACGCUGCACAGCAACUUCCAGGACGAGCUCCGGCUCUACCUGCUGAUGGAGUUCGUCAUCGGCGGCGAGCUCUACGCCCUGCUGCGCAACGCGGGCAAGUUCCACAACGACCGCGCCAAGUACUACGCCGCGGAGGUCGUUUUGGUGUUGGAGUACCUCCACGGCAUGCACGUCGCGUACCGCGCGCUCAAGCCGGAGAACGUGCUCAUCGACGGCGCGGGCAACGUGAAGAUCAUCGACUUCGGGUUCGCCAAGGUCGUCCACGACCGCACCUUCACGCCCUGCGGCACGCCCGAGUACCUCGCGCCCGAAGUCAUCACGAACGCGGGCCACGGGCGGUCCGUGGACUGGUGGGCGCUGGGCGUGCUCAUCUUCGAGAUGUCCGCGGGCUUCCCGCCCUUCUUCGACACGACGCCCUUCGGCAUCUACGAGCGCAUCCUCAACGGCAAGUGGGACCUGCCGGCGACGGUCGACGGCAAGGCCGCGGCCAUCGUGAAGAAGCUGCUCCAGAUCGACCGGACGAAGCGCCUCGGCUGCGGCGAGAACGGCGCCGAGGACCUCAAGGCCCACUCCUGGUUCUCGCGGACGAACUGGGACGCGCUCUACUACUGCCAGUGCAAGUCGCCCCACGUCCCCGAGCGCGCGGGGCCCCAGGACACGCGCCACUUCGACCGCUACCCGGACAGCGAGCCGGGCAUCGAGGAGCCCCUCGACGGCAAGGGCCAGGCCCUCUUCCACGACUUCGACACGCUGUGA